GUUACAUUUGUUUUAUUGGUCCCUUGUAAAGAUCCAAAGAUGAGUGAAGAAACAUAUGAAGAAACGAUGGAAUCAAACGGGUCUCCUCGUCCUGCUCCAAAACUCAACGAGAGGAUUCUCUCAACUCUGUCCAAGAGAUCUGUAGCUGCACAUCCAUGGCACGACCUUGAGAUCGGUCCUGAAGCUCCAUUGGUCUUCAAUGUGGUGGUUGAGAUCACAAAGGGAAGCAAAGUGAAGUAUGAACUUGACAAAAAGACCGGUCUUAUCAAGGUUGACCGGAUCUUGUACUCAUCGGUUGUUUAUCCUCACAACUAUGGAUUCAUCCCAAGGACAUUGUGUGAAGACAAUGAUCCUCUCGAUGUUCUUGUCCUCAUGCAGGAACCAGUGCUUCCAGGAUGUUUUCUCCGCGCUAGAGCCAUUGGAUUAAUGCCCAUGAUUGAUCAGGGAGAGAUGGACGACAAGAUUAUAGCGGUGUGUGCUGAUGAUCCUGAGUACAGACAUUUCACUGACAUCAAACAACUCGCUCCUCACCGUCUCUCAGAGAUUCGUCGUUUCUUUGAAGACUACAAGAAGAACGAGCACAAGGAGGUGGCUGUCAACGAUUUCUUGCCAUCGGAAAAGGCACAUGAAGCAAUCCAGUACUCCAUGGACCUAUACGCUGAGUACAUUCUCCAUAGCUUGAGGAGAUGAACGUACGCACAAGCUGCAUAUUUAUAUUCCCAUACGGCAAAAGGGAUCAUUCUUGGCAGCAGAAUAUUGUUUUAAAUAAUUAUAUCUGAAUAUUACAGUUUUCUCUUUGUUAUUUUUGUUGUUGUUCUUUCUUGAGAUGUUGCAAUUUUGUUAUAUUGUAUAAUUUGAAACUGAUACAAGGACGAAUGUAUUUUUCAUUCUUUCCUUGUCAUGUUAACUUGUAUACUAAUGGGCUUUAUAAGCUCAUAUGGCCCAAAUAAACUGGCUCUUUUAUAUUUUAAUAACCA